CUCGCGGUGGAGUGAAAGAGCUCAUAUCCGGUACAAGCUUCCCACCUCCGACCCGGAGUCCCGCCGAUCUUGCCCUCACUGUCCCAUGACCUUCGGGAACGAGCAAGGCCUUGGGAUCCACGUGAGAACGCAGCACAGCAGUGCAAACAUGUCCAACGGCGUGCGGCUGCGGCGCAUGUUACGGAAGGAUGUCGGAGGGAGUGUCCUGCCGUGGGAAGCAGCCUGGCCUGGGCAUUGUUGGCACGUGAAGUUCGAUCAUGCGACGGGGACGGCUUCGUUUGUCCUCCAGCGGAAGCGCUUUCUCGUUCUCGACUUGGAUAGCGACGGCUUUAUGGACCGCAAACCCAAGGACACUCGUGGGGCUCCCAAGCGCAGGCGAUACGACUUCAGGUUCAAAGCCCACGCGGUCAACCAGCUGCGCAUCCUCCAGGACAACGCCGAAGACUUAUGGAAGGAGGAGCAGCGCACGCCUCUUCAGUUCUUGGAGGAUCGUCUCAAGAUUCUCUACAGCAAUUAUAGUGAACCUAGGCGGUGGUUUCCUGAGGCAGAGAAGCGACUGUACAAGGGGAUCGUGGAGCAGCGGAAGAGAAAGCUGAAGGUGUCGACCCUGUGGCUGACGAUCACGUUCCGGAAGCUCGUGCGAGAGAUGUACCCCGGGGAUCAACGAGCGGCGUCCUUCCGCGCAUCCUUCAGGUGGGCGCGAAAAUGGGCCAAGAGGCAUAACCUAUCCAAAAGACGCCGGACCAACCUCAAGAACAAGUCUGUCGAAGAGCGGCUUCCAAAGAUCCACCGCUUCCACCGGCUGUUUCGCAAGCUCCUGCAAGAGCCGGUGCGGUACAGAGCGCCCGAUGAGUCCGACGUGUCGACAGUCACGACGGUCGCGGAGAGAGAGUCCAGGGUUCCCAGAUACGGUCAAUUCCAGCUCUGGGAGCGUUGGAAUGUGGAUCAAGUGUCUUUGGCAUUCGUGAACGGGCUGCUCGAAACGUGGGACAAGAGAGGUGCGUUGCGGGUAGCAAUCUCGCACCCCUUUGCUGGCCUAGAGAAAAGGCAGUGCACGAUGCAAGUCAUCUUUGGUCCGGGUGAGAAGACCAUACGCAUUUCGGUGAUUUUCCGAGGCACGGGAAAGCGGAUCUCGCCGGUGGAGAAGGCAGCGUAUCACGAGGACGUGGACGUGUCCUACCGCGAAGACCUGAUGCGCGGGCGGGGUGAGCUCCCCACGGCGAGGUCCAUUCUUAUCAUGGACAACUUGCACGCGCAGAUCACGGACGAGUUCAAGGAGUAUCUUGCGAAGCACUGCAACACUCUCGCCUGGUAUGGCCCUUCGGAGUGCACGGACGAGGUGCAGCCAGUUGAUGCAGGAGCCGGACGAUUUCUCAAGGUGGAAGUCGGAAGCCAGAUGGACAUAUGGCUCGAGCAGUCGGACAACCUCGAGAGGUGGGAAACCGCGUCGCUGACAGCCUCUGAUCGGCGCGUCCUGACCAGUCAGUGGAUGGGAGCGGCCAUGGCAAGACUCAACAGCCAACAGGCGUACCGAUACCGUCUUUUCGAAAAGUGCGGGAUGGCCAUGACCGUGGACGGCUCGGGCGAUGAUCGAAUCACCUUGGAGAAUUUGGACAAGCCGUAUACCUUCGCUAACGAUGAAGACAGUAGCGACGACGAACACAAGGUUCGGAGAACGGCAACGAUGAGCUUGAGGGGCGGGCGGAGGAGGGCGAUGGAGGACGUGAGACGCUCAUGGAGGGUGUUGACUCUAGCGAUGAAGACGACGGCGGUAAACAUCUCUCAACCCCAGAUCGACGAGCUAGCUCUUCCGGACGACGACGGCAGCAUGAACCCACAAGACCCGGAGGAUGAGAUACAGGGAAUGGAGAUUCCGGCAGGCUUUCGUAUUCAAGAAGCUAAACCCGUUGCUCUUGACAGAUUGCUUUUGCGGCGUGGAGUGCUCGUUAGGCUGGGCAUGGGGUGGUUUGGAGGGCUGAUCACUCAGCAAUCUCAGAAGGACACUCGCCACCUGUACGACUACUGUGUGCAGCUGGAGCUAGACCAGAGUACGCGCAAGAUGAAGUUGCCCUUAGACAAGUACAGCGGAGAUUCAGAUGCGGCUGUAGGCUCCUGGGUUUUGCUUGAGAGCAUUAGUAGAUCAGGAUGGGUACGCAGGACCAACGUCACCCUUGUGGACCAAGAAGGUUGACAGUUGCUGCUCCAUCCCUGGGAAAUUUCUUGUAUCGACAGCAGUACUAGGUAGUGUUGCUCAUGGUUGACAGCCGACAAUAUAGCAAAUGAUGUUAAAUUACUGUAAGAACAAGAACGCCCCUUCUGGAGAAGAAUGGACGACGAAACAAGAACUUGGCAAAUAAGAACUAGUGCUCGGGUUGGGGCAGCCAAUAAGAACUGAGCCUCGCCCAAU